AGAGAAUUCAAAACGAACAGCUCCACAGACAGCAAUCAUUGUAUUGUCAGUAACUUUGACAUUGCUACUCGUACCACUUUUUAUUAAAUGUGUUUUUUUCAUGAAAGACAGAAACAAUGACGUAACUGUUGAAGAGGAGAGCGAAGUUGUAGAAGGGCAGUCAGAAUCAGUUGAAAAUGUUUUAUACCAAUCAAGAUAUGUUCAGAAUAAUGAAUCCAGCGUUUCACAGACACCACAACAGCAAUUGAUGGAUGACAUCACAUUAACAGGGCCUGACACAAGAAUGUACAACCAACAACAAAACCAAGAGUUAACGGAUGGCCAGCUUAACUAUGCAGAUGUAGUGUUUCAACCUUCCUCAUCUACAAAUGAAGUGCGCAUACUCGGUUUAGAAGACAGAAUACACUACGCAGAUGUGGACGUUUCAGCACUUACUGCAUUCCUUCCUAAUAUCAGCAGCCUAAGAAAUAGUACCGAUAAUGGCAGCGAAAGAAGCAGCAGUGAAGACGACUUUGUAUAUGUUGACCAAAUUCAAAACUACAUGCCAAAUCGAACUACAAAUAUCUAG